GUUCAGUUUAGGCCAGCCUCCCAGCCUUACUAGAGCAGCCUCCGUAUACAGAUAUAUUGCGUAAAGGAGGCUAGCUGGAGGCUCGCUGGAGGCAAGCUUUGUCAUUUAAUUUUAAGUGAAUACGUGAAUUAGUCAGGAUAAAGGGCAGAUUGUAUUACCCGGUGAAUAAAAGUAAAAUGUAAAAUUAUUGUGAAGAAUUGGGAGGCCUCGGCCCCCCCUCACCCUUCCUGGUAUAAGGUACAGUUAUAUACAACAUGGAGGAAGAGUGUAUAGAGAGGGGAUGCUAAGCGAUUCCGACAUUGGAGAGACAAGUGGGAAGAGUAAGGGGGGAGGAGGAGGCGGAGGAGGAGGCGGAGGAGGAGGAGGAGGAAGUGGAGGUGCAGGAGGAGGUGGUGCUGGAACAAGCAGGAAAAGAUCAAGAAGAGUUGAUCCUCCAAGAACACCUGGCAGGAUCAGUCCAUUAGGUGCUGAGAGAGAAAGAGAGUUUCCAACAACAAAAGUGGGAGUUCCUCAAGGUGUUGACAUGGGAGGGGACUCAGAUCGCCAGUAUGGAAGCUACCAUUCUCACAAUAUACAUUCAGGAGACUUAGUGCAGUCCAGGGAUUUCCACUACUCCGUGGAACCGGUUUAUCGGAGACCCAGAGAGGUGGUUGCGUACCAUAGACCUGACGCAAUGUCUGAGUAUGCGUAUCUAGAGCAUAAAUCUUCACCAUAUCAUACAGGAACCCUAAGGACGAGUGUACGAGGCCUAGUGGAGGACGGAGGACGAGCAGGACGAGAGGAGGCUCGGCUUCGUCUUGUAGAAGAAGGAAGUCGUCGGGAAGAGUCCAGAUCACGCUUAGAGGAACAGCGCGCGCGCGUCGAAGAGUCACUGCGCACAGGGAGACUGGACCAGAACUAUAUGAUGGUCCGCGCACAGUCCCGGCUUCAGGGGAUUCAGGACUCAUCUCGUCUUAGUGGACUUCAGGACAAUUCCAGACUUCAAGGAAUACAGGACAACUCAAGAAUGGGAAUACAGGAUAACUCAAGAUUGGGACUACAGGACAACUCAAGAUUGGGACUACAGGACAAUUCAAGAUUGGGACUGCAGGACAAUUCAAGAUUGGGACUGCAGGACAAUUCAAGAUUGGGACUGCAGGACGGAUAUGAUCGAAUAUCCCACAGGAGUGAGAGUAGAAACGAUAUCCUGGAUUCCGAUCAUCCUGUGUACGAUCUCUACUAUCAUCCAGGACAAUAUUCCGGGUUUGUCCGGACCUGCGACGGGAAAUUUAUCAGAACCAGUUUACCCCAACAAGAAGUAGAAAACAUGGAUACUUCUUAUAGGUCUUCCUCUGCCAUACACACACUCAGGAGGACCUCUAAGUCUCGUCACCAAAACCAGAACUCAGAAUAUUGCUGUACAGUCAGAGAUGAAGGAAGUUUACGCCCCUCAGACCAGCUUCAGCAAUCCUACGCUACUCUACGCGGUCGAAAAUGGUCGGAUAAAAACUGUCGGGGUGUCGGAGAUAAUUAUGGACGACAUGCUAUCACCAACUUCACUGACGACGCCCGCAGCGUGCAUAGCCUGGCCGACGAAUUUUUGCUUCCGGUUGGCCGGCAUCAUCAUUCCAAGUCUAUAUCCAGGUCCACGGAUAAGUCCCUGGACUCUCUGGGUCUGGACGAAGAAAGUGAACGAAUCGGCGGUUUCGCUGGUUUACCCAAUAUAUCAACAAUGUUAAAGCGUGAGCCCCCGGAUGGAAAAGAGAAACCUGAACCCCCAAAACAGAAGUUUGAAACCCUGUCUAGGAAAAACUCUAAAUGUGAUCUUCUGGAGAGGGUUCAGGGGGACCUGGAGAAUAAGGAGAAGAGGGACUCAGGAGCAGGACUCAAGGACGGAUAUCUGGAUCCGUCCUGCUCCAAGGACGAGGAUAUACAGGAUAGAUUAAAAGACUGGAAAGCUCCUUCAAGCCCAAGAUGUGGUAGCAUGUCAUCAGGUUCGAUGCAGGGUCAACACAACUCCCUGGUUCCUCUUGGGACGAACCAGCACAACUCCUUGGUUCAGAACCAGCACAACUCCUUGGUUCAGAACCAGCACAACGCCUUGGUUCAGAACCAGCACAACACCUUGGUUCAGAACCAACAUUCUCAACUCCAACAUCCUCAGAACCCUGGAUCCUCCUCAGUUUGUACCUCAUCCCCGAAACCCUUAGGGCCUCCUGGAUUAGGAACCUCGUUAGGCGCCUCCACCUUAGGGACUUCCAUAGGGAACCCUGGUUUAGGAACACCUUGUCUAGGGACCCCAGGUCUUCCCAGAGGGAGGCAGCCAAGCCUUACAAGUCAAAUGGCCGCCAGAGCUCUAAACAGUUCGCAGUAUAGUGAGCCGUGUACCUCCCUAUCCCCCCUCUGCCAAAAUGUCCCCUCUAAACCCCUUCAAGUUAAAACCUAUUUUACUCGAAAAAUCCUUCGGUUUUUCGGUGUGGACGCGAGUUUCGAGGAGAACUCGAAACUCCUGUGGAAUGAGAGAAGAAAAAGACUGGCAAUUAAGAAACUUGGUGGUGUUAAGGAGGAGGAGUAUCUAUCAGGGUUCGGAGUAGAGAAUUCUAAUUACUCCGGGUAUACUGAUGUAUACGGACACACUCAACCCACAGCUCUAACCUCGGAGCUGGAAGGGGACAAGAUGGUUCUAAAAAUCUCUAAACCACCCAGAGACAAGGAUUCUAUGCUUUCUCUCUCCUGGCAAUGGUGUGCUUGGAUGGUAACGUCUCUGAAGUCCCGAACAGAUAUACAUUCUUUAAAGUGUGAACACCUCCUUUCCCGUAGCUAUCUUCCUAGUGCUGCCGGUCAAGCUGCCUACUACCAGGCUGAAACCUGCGGUGGGUUAGCUGUAUGUCAGCCCCUCACAAGAAUAUCAAAUCAUCAUCAUUAUCAAGGAGAAAGCCCAGCUGAAGAGGUUUUCUUCAGCAAACCUUCUAGUUUACAUGAACCGGUGUCCAGCACUAUUCAGAAACCAUUCACACAUGAUCCAUACAGAUAUUAUGACCCCACGCUUGAGUUUUGUAACUAUCCGUUUUAUAAUUGCUCGUGCAGAACUUGCAGUUGGCAGCUGCCGAAGGUAGAGAGUGAUUUGCCUCGGAUGAGCAGUGAUGUCGGGGUUUCCAGAAUAUGGAACAGAAUGCUAGACGCGGCAUUUGAUAAUUCCAAUAGGCGGAAACAUGGCAUGGGAUUGGUUGGAAAAGUUCUCCGGAAAAGACGACUUAUCCGGCACGUGCCUGAGCCGGCCCGGAAACGAAAAUUGGGCGGAAAUUCACGUGAUCAUCGGCCAUUUUUCACAUAUUGGGUCAGCUUUGUCCAAGUGACGAUCUUAUUUGUUUCUGUUCUUCUUUAUGGAUUUGGUCCUGUUGGAGUCGAUCUUUAUAAACGAUCUAGCAUGGAGAGGGAUACAGCGUGUUGUUUACGUGAAGACCAGGCAGGCUGUGUACAGACUCAGAAAUCUGAAUGUAAAGCUGCAAGUGGAGGAGUGGCUGCUGUACCAGCUGUAGCAAAACAUAAAUGGAGGUUAGCCGUAGGAGUGAACAGUCCCUGGGACUACAGAACUUGGGACGAACACGGGUCUCAUCAUGACAAAUGGUCCCAGUAUCCGGACCAUCAUAGGUCCAGUGGACCUGUCUGUGGACUUGAUCCAGCGUUCUGUGAAGCCCCUGCCAGCAUUGCCCCGUACAUUUGGCCUGAUGAUAUAACAAAAUGGCCGAUCUGCCGGAAACGGAAAGAACAUGCGGACGCGCCACCAUCAGAAGCUGAGCACAUGGUUUGCGAGGUGAUUGGACAUCCUUGCUGUCUGGGAAUCCGGGGACAAUGUCAGAUUACGACACGGGAAUUCUGUGAUUUUGUCAAGGGAACCUUUCACGAGGAAGCAGCUCUUUGCUCCCAGGUGUCUUGUAUGGACGAUGUUUGUGGAUUAAUCCCUUUUAAUCAACGAGAUAUUCCUGAUCAGUUCUAUAGAAUCUGGACUUCACUCUUCCUUCAUGCUGGGAUUUUCCAUUUAUCCAUCACCCUGGUCUUCCAGUACUGGCUGAUGCGCGACCUAGAGAAGCUGAUCGGUGCAACGCGCAUCUGUAUCGUGUACCUCGGCUCCGGCAUGGUCGGUAAUCUAGCCUCCGCCAUCUUUGUUCCGAACCGUGCCGAAGUCGGACCGGCCGGGGCACACUUUGGGCUGCUAGCUUGCUGUAUAGUAGAGGUGAUACAUCAAUGGCCGAGUCUGAAAUAUCCUGAGAUGGCAAUCUUGAAGCUGGUCGGGGUAACAGCCGUGUUCUUCCUCCUCGGGCUCCUGCCCUGGGUAGACAACUACGCUCACCUCUUCGGUUUUAUUUUCGGGUUCCUCAUCUCCUACGCUAUUCUACCAUUUGUCACCUUCGGUCUCUACGACAGACGGAGAAAAAUCGUCUUGCUCUGGCUCUGUGUCGUCUUCGCAGUUCUUAUAUUUAUCGGUCUGAUUCUUUUGUUCUACGUGAGCCCGAUCCAAGAUUGUGAGAUCUGUAAAUACUUUAACUGUAUACCGAUCACUAAGGACUUUUGCAGUGAACAGAAUAUUAAUUUGAAAACAGAUUCUGGCUAGAGAAUCAGAUUCUGGUUAGAGAAUAAAUGAAAGAAAUGAUGAAAAGGUGAAUAAAAGGAUGAAUAGGUGAAAGAAAGAAUGAAUGAAUAAAUGAAAGGAUGAAUUCAUGAGGGAGGUGGAGGGUUUUUAUAUCUUGUAUAAAUUAUUAAAAUUAAAGAAUGAUCUCUUUUCGACCAGAUUUAUCAUUUAUUGAUGUAAAAAGUUAGGUAAAAUUCGAAUUAAUUUGUUCCAUAUUAUAAAUACUAGUAAGUUUUUGUACUUUAUGAUCAUAUCCGUGAAUGCCAGCUAGAUUGUAAAUUAUUAUUGUAUUGUAAUCCUCCCUUUUCCUAGUUUAAAUUUUUUCCCUCCUAUCUUUCGACCUAUAGUUGAUUUUGACAAAGACUUUGUUUUACAAGAUGUCCGAUAUUAAAUUCCCUAGAAAAUAAUGAAAAAGACGGAUGUAUAAAGCAUUUCAGGAUUUAUGUACAAGAUCCGUGUCUACGUACAUACUUAAACAUCUUGGAACAUGUCUUGUAUCUGGAGUUCUUUGUACCUACUUAUACCUUAUAUAAUGAAACAUUUAUUUUGCACCCUUGCAUCGAUAACUUUCUGUGAAGUGCACAUUUCCUACUAAGAACUGUUUUCAAUUCUCUCUUGAUUCAACUACUCUAUUUGCCCUUUUAUAUAUAUUUAAUUCAGUCUUGAAUUUAGAACCAAUAAACUAUUUUUAGUCUUAAAAUUACAAUUGAUUUUAGUCUUGAAUCACAACUAACUUCUUGUUUAGCAUUUCAACUAAUUUCCAUCUUGACUUACAACUUAAUUUUGUAUUGAAAUUACAACUUUUUUCUGUCUACGUUACCACUAAUUUUAGUCAUUAUGUUCACUAUCUUGCCUUUUUCUUUUUGCACCUUAGCCACUCUUU